AGCCGGCUGUCAAUCAGGACGACGGCGCGCGGCGGAGGGGGCGGAGUGACAUCGGCGGCUCGGCUAACCGACCGAUAGAGUGAGGGAGAAAAAGCGAGGUGAUCAUGGAGGAGGACCGCGGUGAGCAGAUGAGACCUUUACUGACUAUGCGACAUGAUGAAGAAGCUAUUGUGGAUUUGGGAAAAACGAGUACAAUUGUCAAUACAAACUUUGAGAAAGAAGAACUAGAGAGUCAUCGGGCAGUCUACGUAGGGGUUCAUGUUCCUCUUGGUAGACAAAGCCGAAGGCGACACAGGCAUCGUGGUCAUAAGCAUCAUCACAAGAAAAAGGGAAAAGAGAAGGAUUCUGAUAAAGACGAUGGAAGAGAGUCUCCCUCCUAUGAUACCCCAUCUCAACGUGUCCAGUUUAUCCUGGGGAUAGAGGAUGAUGAUGAGGAGCAUAUGCCACACGAUCUCUUUACAGAACUGGAUGAACUUUGCUUCCGUGAUGGAGAAGAUUGUGAGUGGAAAGAAACUGCCCGAUGGUUGAAGUUUGAGGAGGAUGUAGAAGAUGGUGGGGAGCGAUGGAGUAAACCAUAUGUGGCUACCCUGUCUUUACAUAGUCUGUUUGAGUUGAGAAGCUGCAUACUAAAUGGGACUGUCAUGUUGGAUAUGAGAGCUAGUACCACGGAGGAGAUAGCAGAUAUGGUACUGGACAACAUGAUAGCAUCUGAUCAGCUGGAUAAAAGCAUGCGAGACAAAGUGAAGGAAGCACUAUUAAAAAAACAUCAUCACCAGAGCGAAAAGAAACUGAGUAAUCGAAUUCCUAUCGUCCGUUCCUUUGCAGAUAUAGGCAAGAAACAUUCUGAUCCUCACUUGCUUGAGCGAAAUGGGGAAGGCCUUUCUGCCUCCCGCCUUUCACUCCGUGCUGGUCUGUCUUCUUCAAGCCUUUCGUUAAGAGGAGGUUCUCUUUUCUCUGUUCCAUUUGGCUCCUUUCUGCCUGGCUCCAAGGGUGGAUCAUUAGCAGGUUCAAGGUGUGCAAGUCCUGUUCCCACCCCUCAAAACACGCCACCCUCCACUCCAAAACUGGAGCAUCGCUGUCAGGGUCAAAGUCAGUUGCUGGUGUCUUGUGUCGGUGAGGAUAUUCCUGAUGUAAUAGUUCAUCCCCCUGAUGAAGAAUUUGAGGUGCAAGAAGGACAGGUGAAAGCACACGAAGAAUGUGAUGACCGUAAAGCAGGACUUUUAGCGUCCCCCCAAUCUGCACCAGGUAUCUUGGAGACCAAGAGCAUUGAAAAAACAAUGGGUAAUAGCGCUAGUAGAGAAAACAGCACAGUGGACUUCAGCAAGUCUGAGUCCUGGCACUGUAAUUGUGUCACGCUUGGUAUGAGACUCAGGAGGUCAACAAAGGUGGACAUGAAUUUCAUGAAAAAGAUUCCACCUGGUGCUGAGGCUUCCAAUGUCUUGGUGGGAGAAGUGAACUUCCUUGAGAGACCCAUCAUCGCCUUUAUUCGUCUGUCGCCUGCUAUUCUUCUUACAGGACUUACAGAAGUUCCAAUUCCAACCAGGUUUUUGUUUCUUAUGUUGGGGCCAUCUGGUAAAGCACAGCAAUACCAUGAAAUUGGUAGAUCAAUAGCUACCCUAAUGACAGAUGAGGUUUUCCACGAUGUUGCUUAUAAAGCAAAAGAUCGAACAGACCUGCUGGCAGGAAUAGAUGAAUUUUUAGAUCAAGUUACUGUUCUUCCACCAGGAGAGUGGGAUCCUUCAAUCCGAAUUGAACCACCAAAAAAUGUUCCUUCACAGGAAAAACGGAAGUGCCCCCCUCCCCUUCCAAAUGGUCCACCAAUUUCCAGUGGAACCACAAAUCAUGAAGAGCAUCACACUGGGCCAGAACUUGAACGCACUGGAAGGUUCUUUGGUGGCUUAAUUCGUGACAUCAAAAGAAAAUCGCCAUUCUAUUUGAGUGACUUCAAAGACGCAUUUAGCCUGCAGUGCUUGGCAUCUAUUCUUUUCCUUUACUGUGCCUGCAUGUCUCCUGUCAUCACAUUUGGAGGGUUACUAGGGGAAGCUACUGAUAACAAUAUAAGUGCAAUAGAAUCUCUCUUUGGGGCUUCAAUGACAGGAAUUGUGUAUUCCUUAUUUUCUGGACAGCCGCUUACAAUUUUGGGAAGUACAGGACCUGUAUUAGUGUUUGAAAAAAUACUAUUCAAGUUAUGCAAGGAAUAUGAACUUUCGUAUCUCUCGCUUCGUGCCAGUAUUGGGCUCUGGACUGCAUUGCUGUGCAUAAUGUUGGUUGCCACUGAUGCAAGUAGCCUAGUUUGCUACAUAACGCGCUUCACAGAGGAGGCCUUUGCUGCUCUUAUUUGCAUUAUAUUCAUUUAUGAAGCACUGGAAAAGCUCUUUACUUUGGGAAAGAAGUUUCCAUUUAAUAUGCAGAAUAAUCCAGAAACACUUACCCAAUACUCGUGUGCCUGUGUUGAACCAUCUAAUCCUUCCAACCAAACCCUUGAUAUCUGGUAUCGAGAAAAUAUAUCUGCAGAUAACAUUUCAUGGAGGAAUCUAACAGUUUCAAAAUGUCAAAGAUAUGGUGGAAUGUUUGUUGGACCAGCAUGUGGACAAAAUGGACCCUACGUUCCUGAUGUCCUCUUCUGGUCAAUUAUUUUAUUUUUCGCAACGUUUUUUCUCUGCUCCUUCCUGAAGCAAUUCAAAACCAAACGUUAUUUCCCAACAAAGGUGAGAGCCAUUAUCAGUGAUUUUGCUGUGUUUCUUACCAUACUAAUUAUGGUAUUGAUCGACUUUCUUGUUGGAGUCCCUUCGCCAAAGCUUAAAGUACCUGACAAGUUUGAGCCUACUGGAAAACAUCGUGGUUGGUUUAUAGACCCGCUUGGAGGUAACCCUUGGUGGACAUUGCUUGCUGCUUUUGUACCAGCAUUGUUAUGCACAAUCCUUAUUUUCAUGGAUCAACAGAUAACUGCAGUUAUUGUUAAUAGAAAAGAGCACAAACUGAAGAAAGGUUGUGGUUAUCACCUUGAUUUGUUGAUGGUUUCUAUUAUGCUGGGAGUAUGCUCAAUUAUGGGUCUUCCCUGGUUUGUGGCUGCCACUGUUCUCUCCAUCAGUCAUGUCAAUAGCUUAAAAGUAGAAUCGGAAUGCUCAGCACCAGGUGAACAACCCAAAUUCCUCGGCAUUCGAGAACAGAGAGUUACAGGCUUACUGAUAUUCGUCCUAAUGGGAUUGUCUGUUUUUAUGACUUCUGUUCUGAAGUUUAUCCCAAUGCCAGUGCUCUAUGGGGUCUUCCUCUACAUGGGUGUUUCUUCCUUGAAAGGCAUUCAGUUUUUUGAUCGUAUAAAGCUGUUUGGGAUGCCUGCAAAACACCAGCCUGACUUAAUCUACCUGCGCUAUGUUCCACUGUGGAAAGUUCAUAUCUUCACAGUUAUUCAGCUUAGCUGUCUUGUUAUUCUUUGGGUUAUCAAGACUACAGCUGCUGCAGUUGUCUUUCCCAUGAUGGUUCUCGCUCUGGUGUUUAUCCGGAAACUUUUGGACUUCUGUUUUACGAAACGAGAACUUAGCUGGUUGGAUGAUUUAAUGCCAGAGAGCAAAAAGAAGAAAUUGGAAGAUAUGCAGAAAAAGAAGAAAGAAACUGAGAAAACGAAGAAUGGAUCUAAACCACCAUGGGAAGCUCAAAGAAUGCUUGAAGUUGCAGAAAGUGGAACAGUACAACUCCCCUUAGAGGGUGGCAAUAUUCUGAAGAUUCCAGUGAAAAGUAUUAAGUACAGCCCAGAUGAUCCUUCAGUCGUAAACAUAUCUGAUGAAAUGGCCAAAACUGCUGUGUGGAAGGCUCUUGCUGUUAAUGCUGAGAAUGCAAAAGUUGUAAAACUUGAAGCAAGUCCUGAAUGUACUACAGAUAUCCAAAUAAACAUUGAAGAGGUGCCUCCAAGAAAUGUCCUUGAUGCAGAAACAUCUGUAUGAAACAAGCUACAUCUUGAUUAAUCUAGAAAAAUUUCUUUUUAUGAAACUACUACUUGAGCCACAGCCAAACCUCUGGAUCCUUUGCAGGAAAUAGAAGUGUGUUGGACCUAAUCAGUGUCUCAGUCAGAGUGAAAUUCUUCUGACCAAGGUUGUUUUACCCUUGUACUAUUGUCAACUGCAAUGCUAGCUACUGUUUAAGUCUUUACUUAUUAUUCAAUUUACAAUUUUUGGCAUAAGGUUAUGGAAAGUAAACAAGCAAUAAUCUAUUAGACAAGUUAUUUUAAAAUUAAAAUCUGCUUACCAACAUUUGAUUUGCUUGAUGAUGGCAGAUGAUGUACCAUUUUUAAAAAAUGAAAAAUAGCACAUGAUGAUCACAAGAUCCAGAAUCACAAGUAUACUGUCGAUACAAAAAGGUAUAAAUAUAUUGCUUAUUGACAUUCACACUCCAUGUGAUAACUAAUAGGUAAUAAGAUCUUCAACCAAAUGCUCGAAUCUCUGUCUUUAUUUGUCAUUGAUCCUUCAGAGUUUUGUUGCUACUGAAUAACAAUGAGCUAGCAGGCGGUAACAAGUGUUGUGAUAGAAGAGGUAUGUAAAUUGGUAUUCUAUCUGAAGGGUGUGCAUCUGUUUACUAUACUGGUUUAAUACUGGGGUUGGUUGCUAUCCUUUUAUUUACAAAAUGGUGCACCGGUUUUGCAAUACUGAUUUGAGACUGUCUGCAUCUGAACUGUUUACAUGUAACUUUAUUCAACAUGGUAUACUGUAGGCUUUAUUUAGCAUUGCAGUGUUAUAUGUUUUAUUUAUUUAUACUUAGCCUCAAGUUUAUUCAGAAAUUUCCACACUAUAUGGAAUUUAAAGAAGAUUUGGCUAAUUUUAUAAAGAUUGUUCUAGUAUUUUUGUCUUUGUACUUUAGAUAUGUAGAGUGACCACUUUCUAUGGGCAGUACUGUAGUUAUAGUAUUAGAUCAGUAAUUCUAGAGCCAUCUCAGGAAAUCAGAAUCUUCCCAUUGAUCCAUAUUGCCAUGCUUUAACACAAUUUGUGAAGUUGUUUUGUCUUCCAGAUCAGAUGAAAGUUUUAAAAAUAUUUCCUUUGGCCAGCCAUUUUGUUUUCAAAUGAGGCAAGUUCAUUUAUCUUUAGACAAAAACACAAUGCCAGUGCAACAUACAGAACUGUAUUCAUCAUUUGCAUUGAAUCAUUGCAAAAUAAUAGCCAAACAGCCAAAACACAGAAAUGGUAAUAUUGUGAAGCAUUUGUUUUGUAUCCCAAUACUGCUUAUAUAGUUAAACAUAUGGCAAGUUUUGCGGAUAUAUUCAGUCAACCAAUUUUCUGCUAUUUUAUUAAAUGUACAAAUUGUAAUCACUGUAAUUGAAUAAUUGAGUUUGCAUUACAUAAGAGGAGAUGUGAAUUAUAGAAACUUAUUUUAAUCGAGUGUCAGUUGGUGAACUGAAGUUUUCUAUUUAAUUUUUUAGGUUACUCUAAAUAGUAUUGUGUUGAUACUGUUGAUCGUUAAAUGCUAAAUACAGUAUGAGAUUUUAACAGUUUGAAAAACUGGUUUCUGACAGGGACAGUUUUGUCCCUUUUUUGUUUUUUUUUAAAAUCUGCAGUUAACGGUAAUUUUAUGUCUUCCUAUGUUCUGCUUAUUUAAUCACAGAACAAAUACAAUCCCUAGUAUUCAUCAAUUUUCAUAAAAUUGUCUAAGUUCAGAAAAUUAUGGUUAAAGUUUUUAUGACUAUUUCUAAGUACAGUAGUGAUUUCAUUUAUUUUUGUAAGGACACCCAAAGCAAUGUAAAAAUGUUACAGUAGUCCAUGUCUUAGUUUAAAUAUGUGUAUAACCCCCAGAUUUUGUUUUCUUUAAGGCCAACAUCCUGCCUUUAAUUGGAUAUUAGAGGAGAAUAACUAUUUUUUGUAAUGUCAUACCUAUUAAUAAAAGCAAUAAAGUCUUUUAUUGUACCAAA